GUUUCUUGCAUUAAAUAGUAAUUGAGUUUCUUACAUUGGAGAUUAAGCUGAUAGAACUUCAGGUGAGAUCUCGCUGGCGUUUCUAAAUGGAUAUUGCCACAGGAGUGUUAUUCUCGGAGUGUGACGUCAGAUGGGUUCUGAUCUAUACGAAAUAUCUCCAGGACUCGGACACCCGAUGACGUUGUGCUGUCCGUCACUCACACGCAGCGUGAUGUCAAGAGCCACAGGAGUUUGUAGUUUGUCUGAGUUUAUUUGAAGAAAACCACGAGGACUUGAGGUCAGCAUAGAUAAAACAAAUAGCCAUAGACUCGACGCUCGUAGGAGGGUAACUUCAUUGUAUCAAAUGUAAUCCGAGUCUAAAACAUAACAAAGUGCAUACCAGAAGUUUCAAACAGAUAGUUACAAUACAACUUACAGAUUAGAGUAAAAAAAUAUAUUGCACUAACUACUUGAUACGUGAAUGAUGGUUGUACCCGUUACGCCAUUGAUAUAUCAAAUUGCGUGUAUUCAUUGAGGCUAAGUAAUAAUCCUACGGUAACUUAGUUUAUAUAUAUAUUGCUUUAAACGUCGUAGAUCUCUAAUGAGAGAUAACCAUAAGAGCUGUAUAUCAACAUGAGCAAAUUUAAUUGAACUGGAUCUGAUUAUAUUAAUUAUUAUUUUAAAUGUCUAUUGAAUACCUUACAACAAUCACGUAUAGUAAGACAUGAAAUCAUGAAGCAGACGAUGUUAUUACGAAACGUUUUAUUUUGUUGAAAUUGAAUUAAUUCAGACUUCCAUUUUCCACACAACCCCAUCGCCAUUAAAAAAAAUUUUUAGCAGCUUUUGUAUGAAGCAUGUGUGCACGUUGAUGGGAAUAAAUUUUGUGUGUGAAAAGGAGAAAGUAGAUCUAUUUAUAUUGUUAAGAAAAAGGGGCAUCUCAAAAAGAAAAAAAAAACAAAAACAAAAAAAACAACAAACAACAUGCUGCUAGAAUUGUCUUUAAUAAUAAAUAGUCUCUUUCGGUCAUCUGAGACAAACCACCUACUUCGGUCAUCUUAGACAAAGCCGUUUACUUCGGUCAUCUUAGACAAAGCCGUCCACUUCAGUCAUUUUAGACAAAACCGUCUCUUUCGGUCAUCUGAGACAAACCACCUACUUCGGUCAUCUUAGACAAAGCCGUCCACUUCAGUCAUUUUAGACAAAACCGUCUCUUUCGGUCAUUUCAGACGGGUCACUACUAGUAAUUGAGGAAGAACUGCAGCAGUCGCUUGUCACUGGAUCAUCAUUUCAACUGUCAUCUUACCGACAAACAUGCAGCACAACCCUCUCAACCCCGUGCCGCACCAGCUCGGGACUUUUCCUCGCGGCAUCCUUAAGACCGCCAACACCAACAAGGAGGCCAGAGUUGGCUCAACUGACCAGGUGACCACAGCGGUGGACCAUGACGCAAAGGCGGCUCACACCUUAAGACCAGAGUCAGGUCGCCGUGAUACCUCAGAGAACCAGCGUCGGAUGCUCAAAGUGAUGAGGUGGUCCGAAUCCGACAUCUCCCGCGGGCCGAUGGGGACCCCUCAGAGGACUAGGAAGCUACCGGCCGUGGGCCCGCCCCCGGGACUAGGUCGCGUGAGGUCAGAGUUCAACCCGUACGACUUCUACACGAGGGUCAACGCAAACCACGGGAUGAUCAGUGAGGCGAAGGACAAAAGGUUGAUGCCCAAGACCUCCGACCCCGGGUUCAAGGGUCAUGAGCUAAAGCUGAGGAGCGCUUUUUUCUCCAACGCAAAAACAGAGGAAAGACUUAAGGUAAGACAUUUUACCAACAUAUCUAGCACUCCAUGUUAUACCCUAGAACCGUAAGGACGCGGUUUUUCCCGUCCACAAAUCUGUUCAAUUCUGCAAGAGCCUAAAACCGAUUCUCGCGAUGAGACAGCUGAUUUCAAAAAAGCACAAUACGAAGAUUCCCCUUCACUGCACCAGACAGUUUUCACAUUUGUGUUCAAGAUAAUGUUCCUAAAUCAAAAGGAGUUUUUUGUUUUUUUUUGUAAACCAAUGAAUGUAUUGUUGUAAAUAAGAAAUACAUUUUAAUAUAAUAAUUAACGCAAUAUGUCAAGUACUCCAUCUGAAUGUCAGAGUUAUGUCAUGGUUUAAAAGGUGUGAUCGACAUUCUUUCAAUGUUACAAUUUUUCCAAUGACACAUGUCAGCUCGUGAACAACGAUGUCUUCAGAUUUUCAAUGAAAAUUAGAAAAUAUUUGUUUUCCAAUUAGCGCAAAAUACAUGAAAAUUGAUGGGAAAUUGAGGGUAAAGUUUUAAGAGAGUAAUAGUAUUUUUAUUUUUAUUUUUUUAAUUUUAUUUUUUAAAAUUUUAAAUGAAAAAAAAAUACAAUGCUGUUACACACAAGAAAAUCGUUCAAGGUAUUUUUUCAAUAAUCUAAACAUGCCAUGUCAACAAAAAUGAUGAAUAAUAUAGUUUAGGAGCGGGGAAAAAGGCUGGGUGAGUUUUUAAUGAAGAUACCACAAUGUCAACAUCCGUGAAUGUUACACAUACCUAAAAUGUUACGCCAUUUUUUCUUUACUUUAAUUCAUUGGCAUAUUUUUACAUUUGUUAGUAAAUAUGUCUUCUUUGUAGCCCGCAUGGGGCAUGUAAAAGGGCUAAAUAUGGUUCUAUUUAUAGAAGAUAAUCAUUUGUCAAUAUUCCAUAAUGUAUAGACAUAGAUACUUCUUACAACAAGAGGAAAGUCUUAUGUACUAUUUGCUAAAUAUACAUUUCAAUUUCUUUGAAUAAUCUCCGUAACUUUUUUUAGUUUUGAGGAUACCAUACAUUAAAAUCGAUUCAGUUAAGCACGUAAAAAUGGAUUUUUAAAUGUCGAAACUUCGCAAUAGCAUGCAGUAAGUAUGCCUUCCAUAAAAUCCCAGUAACACCGGGUUAUAUCUUCUAGUAGUUCAAAAUUAUGUGUGUUUUAUAUUAAAUUUUAAUGAGCUAUUAAAUUUAAACUAUUUUUUAGUUCGAAAGUGUGACGUACUUGAGUGGAGGGCGUUGUUCCGACAAUCAUGACAUGUUGUGACAGGUGUCUGUGAGUGUUCAAACACUGUCUAAAAAUGCUUGACAAACGUUAUGGACGGUCCUUUAAUUUAAUUUUCAAUUAUUAUUUUCCGGAAAUUUUGGCCUUUUAAGCAAAUGGAGCUCUGCCUUUACAUGGACUGUUUUGGAUUAACAGGCCCAAAAAAUAAUGAUUGGUGUUCUUUAUUAACGUCAAUGUACGACAGUCAUUGUUGUUGUACUAUUGCUGUCGAACAUGGUUAUAUUGACUGCCAACAUGGUUAUAUUGACUGCGCACAUGGUUAUAUUGACUGCCAACAUGGUUAUAUUGUCUGCAAACAUGGUUAUAUUGACUGCCAACAUGGUUAUAUUGAAUGCGAACAUGGUUAUAUUGACUGCAAACAUGGUUAUAUUGACUGCAAACAUGGUUAUAUUGACUGCAAACAUGGUUAUAUUGACUGCCAACAUGGUUAUAUUGACUGCCAACAUGGUUAUAUUGACUGCCAACAUGGUUAUAUUGACUGCCAACAUGGUUAUAUUGACUGCGAACAUGGUUAUAUUGCCUGCGAACAUGGUUAUAUUGAAUGCGAACAUGGUUAUAUUGCCUGCGAACAUGGUUAUAUUGACUCCAACAUGGUUAUAUUGACUGUGGACAUGGUUAUAUUGACUGCCAACAUGGUUAUAUUGACUGCGCACAUGGUUAUAUUGACUCCAACAUGGUUAUAUUGACUGUGGACAUGGUUAUAUUGACUGCGAACAUGGUUAUAUUGCCUGCGAACAGGGUUAUAUUGACUGCGAACAUGGUUAUAUUGACUCCAACAUGGUUAUAUUGACUGUGGACAUGGUUAUAUUGAAUGCGAACAUGGUUAUAUUGCCUGCGAACAUGGUUAUAUUGACUGCCAACAUGGUUAUAUUGACUCCAACAUGGUUAUAUUGCCUGCGAACAUGGUUAUAUUGACUGCGAACAUGGUUAUAUUGCCUGCGAACAUGGUUAUAUUGACUGCCAACAUGGUUAUAUUGACUGCCAACAUGGUUAUAUUGACUGCCAACAUGGUUAUAUUGACUGCGAACAUGGUUAUAUUGCCUGCGAACAUGGUUAUAUUGACUGCGAACAUGGUUAUAUUGACUGCCAACAUGGUUAUAUUGACUGCGAACAUGGUUAUAUUGACUGCCAACAUGGUUAUAUUGAAUGCGAACAUGGUAACAUUGACUGGCAACAUGGAAAUAUUGACAGCGAACAUGGUUAUAUUGACUGCCAACAUGGUUAUAUUGACUGCGAACAUGGUUAUAUUGAAUGAGAACAAGGUUAUAUUGACUGAGAAUAUGGUUUUAUUGACUGCGAACCUGGUUAUAUUGACUGCCAACAUGGAAAUAUUGACAGCGAACAUGGUUAUAUUGACUGCCAACAUGGUUAUAUUGACUGCCCACAUAGUUAUAUUGACUGCGAACAUGGUUAUAUUGACUGCGAACAUGGUUAUAUUGACUACGAAUAUGGUUAUAUUGACUGCCAACAUAGUUAUAUUGACUGCAAACAUGGUUAUAUUGACUCCAACAUGGUUAUAUUGACUGUGGACAUGGUUAUAUUGACUUCAAACAUAUUUAUAUUGACAGCGAACAUGGUAAUAUUGAUGCAGGCAUGGUUAUAUUGGCUGCCAACAAGGUUAUAUAGGCUGCCAACAUGGUUAUAUUGACUGCGAAGAGUUUGAAGCGAAGUUCCUUUUUGUAGCUGCUCAAUUUAUUUGUUGUUUGUUGUUUGUUGUUUUGUUGUUGUUAUAUAAUGGCGGACAAGACCGGAUGUUUGUAUAGUUGCUGCCACGGCGACCAAUCAAAAGUUGACCAUUGCUGUAGAAAUGUGUUACCGAAUGAAAGCGUUGCUGUGUUUAAAACUCUCCAUACCUGUGUUUACUACACGACUGACCCAUGUGACCGUCUGACCACAGGAGUGGACACAUGAGGCAUACAAGAACAAGAUGAUGCAGAUGUUUCAGCGGGAUCCAGACGGUCUCGGUCGUCUGCUGCAGUCUUCAAUGUCAAGGGCGACAAGUCGCAAGACGUCUGCUGUAGAUCAGUUUCCGGAAAUAAUCAUUUCCAGGUCAGAUAUUAUAUAAUUUGAAAUUCAUUUUUGUGUGUGUGCGAUAAUUAGAUUAUUUUAAUCUCUUAAAAUCAGCUGCUAGAUUCAUGCCAUAGACUCAUGCCAUAGACUCAGGCCAUAGACUCAGGCCAUAGACUCGUGCCAUAGACUCAUGUCAUAGACCCAUGCCAUAGACUCGUGCCAUAGACUCGUGCCAUAGACUCGUGCCAUAGACUCGUGCCAUAGACAUAGACUCGUGCCAUAGACUCGUACCAUAGACUCGUACCAUAGACUCGUACCAUAGACUCGUACCAUAGACUCGUGCCAUAGACUCAUGCCAUCGACUCAUGCCAUCGACUCGUACCAUAGACUCGUACCAUAGACUCGUACCAUAGACUCAUGCCAUCGACUCGUACCAUAGACUCGUACCAUAGACUCGUACCAUAGACUCGUACCAUAGACUCGCGCCAAAGACUCGUGCCACUCACUUACAAAUCUACUUUGCUAAAUAACUUUAAAAAAACUUCUCUGAACACUUCGAGUGCCUCCAAGUAAUAAACUCGGACUUCUGCUCUCUUUUGUAAGGCGAAGUUCCCAGACCAACAGGCCAGUCAGACGAGGUUCAGUGUUCUGGGUACCUCCAAGCUACGACCAUCUCACGGAAGUGGAGGUAAGUAAGAGGAGGUUCUGACAGGGUCCCCUUUCCUUCGGAGAUAGAAAUUCGUUUAUUAGUAAAGUCAAAGUGCCAAAUAUAAAGUUCCUAUGUCUGACGUUUGUAUAGUAUGAUUAUAUGUACCGUUAUCAUUUAUAUAGGAAUUAUUGUUAUAAUUUAUUUAUUUAUAUAAUUUAUUUAUUGCUUGUGCUCCUUUCAAUAGUAUUCAUAGUCUGUAAAUUUUACAGUUGUAUGUGUGUUGUAUUACAUGAGCAUGAUUAUUUCAACAAGGAAUCUCCCAUGUCUCCCAUGACAUUAUGUCAUUUCUACACCUUACUAUUCCCCCCCCCCAUCCCCAAAAAAAGGGGGGGGGGCGCGAAUUUAAAUCAUUUAAGAAUCUUAUUAUAUGGUCACUUUAUUUUAAACAUUUCAACUGCUACAUUUUGUGACAUUUAUUUGAAGGAUACAUCAGACUCCAUUCUGAGUGGGUCACCGUUCCCUUCUGAGUGGGGCACCGUUCCCUUCUCAGUGGAUCACCGUUCCCUUCUCAGUGGGUCACCGUUCGCUUCUCAGUGGGUCACCGUUCUCUUCUCAGUGGGUCACCGUUCCCUUCUCAGUGGGUCACUGUUCCCUUCUCGGUGGGUCACCGUUUACUUCUCAGUGGGUCUACGCUCCCUUCUCAGUGGGUCACCGUUCCCUUCUCAGUGGGUCACAAUUCCCUUCUCAGUGGGUCACCAUUCCCUUCUCAGUGGGUCACCACUGAGUGCGGUACUAGCUGGAAUUCCUCAGUAAUGUUUACACAAGAGUGGACGCGUGGCAGGCACAUCAUAAAAGUUGAUUGUGAUCUGGGCAAAUCUGAUUUGAAAUGAAUGAUUGCAUUACGCCAUUGUUUGGCCGUGUCACUGAUCUAAUAUCACCCUAUUGCGCUCAAUGCUAUUUUGGUCUUCCUGGAAGAAAGAUCUCCAUCCAGGUCAUGGUCUUCUAGGUCGCAUGAAUUUUGUUUCUGUUUUUCUAAAAAGUAGAUUACAAACUACAACAAUUUCUAUUUUUUAAUAAUGUUUUGUUUAAAUAUAAAAAAUAAAAAAAAAAAACAAAUAUACCGGUAUUUCAAUACUUGAACUCGGUUUUCUCAAGCUUCCUAAUUUUAAAAAUAAACUUAUUUGAAUAUAAAAAAUUUAAAAAUAAAAUAUUCUUCGUAUGCUAAGCACUACCCUGGUCACGGUUGAAAAAUUUCAUCAAUUUAAAAACAAAUGGUAUUUAUAGUCUCCUUCUCCUGCAUAUAGGCUGAUUUGAACAUUUUAAAAAAAAAUGUAAAUUGGACUAUUGCAUAUGUAAAGGUCGCUCACUUAAUUUAGGGUUGUCAAAGUGAUUGUUUAAGGUUGAACAACCAUUAUUUUGGGUCUUUAAAAAAUAAAUUUUUAAACGUGAAUAUAACUAAUAUUUUUUAAACAGACAUCUCAAAAAGUUUACAUUACAACGUGUUCUUAAAUAAACAUUUUUUUUUUCAAACUAAAAAUAUUUCCAACUUUUCGUACAAAUGACGAUUGCACACUGAAAAACAGAGGGCGAAAUUGAUGUUGAGUAAAUAGAUCCCACCCCAUAUUUUUAUAUAAAUUUUUAUUUAAAAAAAAAAUGUGUGAUAUUUAUGCGAGUAUAUACGGUGUAUACUUUUGCCCGACAAACCAGAGAAAGCAGAAACGUGACUUGAGGAAGUUCCGCUGGUACGGCCUGGUGAUUAGGUGCAUGUGCGGUCUGCUGAUGGACAUGAAGAAGCUGAGCAUCAGCAAGACGCAGCAGUCGGCGCACUCAGAGUUUCUCUACAUCAUAGCAGGGCCAAAAACUCAUGCCGGUCAGGAGGGCCAAGGGACGGAAUCCCAGCAUUUGUUAUUUGACAAGUCUUGGUUCAACCGAAACAGGGCGGUAUGUAAACAUCAAUAUCCGAAAAUUUGUUUGAAAAGACAUUUCGUAAACGGAAAAUUGAUUGACGGAAGUUUAAUCGAACGGACUAUUGAUCGAAUUUUAUUUUUCAGUUCACACGUUCAAACUGUGCGUAAAAUUUCUUGUUUGAACGCACUAUUUUGUUUUACUAUAAUAUAGUGCGUGGAAAAGAAUUUUGACGUAAAAAAAUUUGAUCGUGUGAACUAAAAAAAAAAAAAAAUUCUAUCGAAAUUUCCGUUCGAUCAAACUUCCGUCGAUCAAUUUUCCGUCGACGAAAUUUCUUUCAAACAAAUUUUCGGUAACCGUAAAAAUCACAACAACGAUAAAAAAUAUAAAAUUUAAAAAAAAACAACAACAUAUAUUAAAGACAGUUUAUAGUAUAGUACUGGGCUUAAAACGCAUUGCAAUUAUUACUACAUGUGCUACUAUUGUUUAACUUGCUACAAUUUGUUUACUAUGCUACUAUUGUUUAACAUCCACUACUGUUCAUCAUGCUACUAUUGUUUAACAUCCACUACUGUUCAUCAUGCUACUAUUGUUUAACAUUCUAAUACUGUUUACAUCCUACUAUUGUUUAACUUGCUACAAUUUGUUUACUAUGCUACUAUUGUUCAACAUCCACUACUGUUCAUCAUGCUACUAUUGUCUAACAUUCUACUACUGUUUACAUCCUACUAUUGUUUAACUUGCUACAAUUUGUUUACUAUGCUACUAUUGUUUAACAUCCACUGCUGUUCAUCAUGCUACUAUUGUCUAACAUUCUAAUACUGUUUACAUCCUACUAUCGUUUAACUUGCUACAAUUUGUUUACUAUGCUACUAUUGUUCAACAUCCACUACUGUUCAUCAUGCUACUAUUGUCAAACAUUCUACUACUGUUUACAUCCUACUAUUGUUUAACUUGCUACAAUUUGUUUACUAUGCUACUAUUGUUUAACAUCCACUGCUGUUCAUCAUGCUACUAUUGUUUAACAUUCUAAUACUGUUUACAUCCUACUAUUGUUUAACUUGCUACAAUUUGUUUACUAUGCUACUAUUGUUCAACAUCCACUACUGUUCAUCAUGCUACUAUUGUCAAACAUUCUACUACUGUUUACAUCCUACUAUUGUUUAACUUGCUACAAUUUGUUUACUAUGCUACUAUUGUUUAACAUCCACUGCUGUUCAUCAUGCUACUAUUGUCUAACAUUCUAAUACUGUUUACAUCCUACUAUUGUUUAACUUGCUACAAUUUGUUUACUAUGCUACUAUUGUUUAACAUCCACUGCUGUUCAUCAUGCUACUAUUGUCUAACAUUCUAAUACUGUUUACAUCCUACUAUCGUUUAACUUGCUACAAUUUGUUUACUAUGCUACUAUUGUUCAACAUCCACUACUGUUCAUCAUGCUACUAUUGUCAAACAUUCUACUACUGUUUACAUCCUACUAUUGUUUAACUUGCUACAAUUUGUUUACUAUGCUACUAUUGUUUAACAUCCACUGCUGUUCAUCAUGCUACUAUUGUCUAACAUUCUAAUACUGUUUACAUCCUACUAUCGUUUAACUUGCUACAAUUUGUUUACUAUGCUACUAUUGUUCAACAUCCACUGCUGUUCAUCAUGCUACUAUUGUCUAACAUUCUACUACUGUUUACAUCCUACUAUUGUUUAACUUGCUACAAUUUGUUUACUAUGCUACUAUUGUUCAACAUCCACUGCUGUUCAUCAUGCUACUAUUGUCUAACAUUCUACUACUGUUUACAUCCUACUAUUGUUUAACUUGCUACAAUUUGUUUACUAUGCUACUAUUGUUUAACAUCCACUGCUGUUCAUCAUGCUACUAUUGUCUAACAUUCUACUACUGUUUACAUCCUACUAUUGUUUAACUUGCUACAAUUUGUUUACUAUGCUACUAUUGUUUAACAUCCACUGCUGUUCAUCAUGCUACUAUUGUCUAACAUUCUACUACUGUUUACAUCCUACUAUUGUUUAACUUGCUACAAUUUGUUUACUAUGCUACUAUUGUUCAACAUCCACUGCUGUUCAUCAUGCUACUAUUGUCUAACAUUCUACUACUGUUUACAUCCUACUAUUGUUUAACUUGCUACAAUUUGUUUACUAUGCUACUAUUGUUCAACAUCCACUGCUGUUCAUCAUGCUACUAUUGUCUAACAUUCUACUACUGUUUACAUCCUACUAUUGUUUAACUGGCAUAGACUUACUUGGUUCCUGAGAACGAUGAAACUAGAAAAGAAAAUGUUUACUUAAUGUGAUUGGUUUUGGACACCAUUGAUCUUUCAAAGACAGCACGAAAACAAAACUAUAUCAAAAGCUUAUUAUUAAGUUAUUGUUUGAUGCAUUGUUACACAUUUUUUUUUAAAUAAUUAAAAAAAAAAAAUUUAAAAAGAAAAUUUAACAAAAGGGAAAUAAAUAAGAAAAGUGUAUAUAUUCUAUAUGUUUAUUGGAUUCUCUCCCUUUGAGCUUUAGUGCAAUGUAUUUGUUGCUUUAUUUAAAACUAAAGAAUUUAAAAUUGAAGAUUUUUAACGCGCCCCCCCCCCCCCAACCCUUCCCAAAUCCUUUCCAAACCUUCCAGUGGUCCAGAAUGCCAGAGUGGGCCCAGGGAGUCAUGCAGCUACCGCCUGAUGAAAGGACGCCGGAUCAAAUCCACCAUCUCAAACAGCUGCUCAUGAACAUGAAGAGUUUCAGGGAAAAUUUAACAGACGAGAUGAGGGACAAGAUGUGCCAGGUGGUCCGAUACACCAAGUAAGUAGGUCAGGUGUUCAAUGACAAAAUGUGCCAGGUGGUCCGAUACACCAAGUAAGUAGGUCAGGUGGUCGAUGACAAGAUGUGCCAGGUAGUCCGAUACACCAAGUAAGUAGGUCAGGUGUUCAAUGACAAGAUGUGCCAGGUGGUCCAAUACAUAAAUUAAGUAGGUCAGGUUGUCAAUGACAAGAUGUGCCAGGUGGUCCGAUACACCAAGUAAGUAGGUCAGGUGUUCAAUGACAAGAUGUGCCAGGUGGUCCAAUACACAAAUUAAGUAGGUCAGGUUGUCAAUGACAAGAUGUGCCAGGUGGUCCGAUACACCAAGUAAGUAGGUCAGGUGUUCAAUGACAAGAUGUGCCAGGUGGUCCGAUACACAUAGUAGUUGUUUAAGUGUUUAAUGACAUGAUAUGCCAGGUGGUCCGAUACACCAAGCAAGUUGGUCAGGUGUUCAAUGACAAGAUUGCCAGGUGGUCCGAUACACCAAGAAAGUAGGUCAGGUAUUCAAUGACAAGAUGUGCCAGGUGGUCCAAUACACAAAUUAAGUAGGUCAGAUGUUCAAUGACAAGAUGUGCCAGGUGGUCCGAUACACGAAUAAAGUAGGUCAAGUGUUCAAUGACGGCACAAGCCUGUGAUGGUUUGUCAAAUGUGUCAGUAGUCACAAGCUGUACACAUCAUCAACAGAACCACGUUUAACUCUUAGAAUAAACAAACUUUUAACAGGAUCUGCGCAGGUCAUUGAUUUUAAGUCAAGAUAUCAACGUAUUGUGAAGUUUCAAUAAGGGAGUUAAUUAGUCAUAGCGAUGUCAUAAACUAAGAUCAAAAGAAAGGGAGGUAAUCUGUCCUCGUGAUUUAUCUUGUGUUUAUAACAUGUUGCCCAUUGAGAGCAAAGAACGCUAGGGAUACGCGUGAGACUGUAAUGAAGGGAGGCAACAAUAACUUUUAAAGUCAUACCUGCAGUCUUUAAAUUUACCUACCCUUUUGACUCAAUCGAAAAAUGUAGGUGUCUUGAAGUUUUAAAAUGUAAAAAAAUAUGUUUAUUUCGGAUUUUAAGCAAGAAUUAUAAAACUAAUAAUGAAAUGAUAAUAAUUAUAAUUAUAAUUUAUGCUUAAUAUACAAUCACAAAUUAGUUUGGGGAGUUGACACUUAUUUCUUUGAUUUGAAAAAAAAAAUAUUUUUUUUUUGAAAUUGAAAAGUUAAAACUUAAGAAACAACCGUUAGUACAAACAAACGAAAACACAAACAAAACACAAACACGGCUCUAUCGUGUUUUCAGAAUCUAUUUAAAAUCAUUUGAAAGGUCGUAUACGCACUCAACUUUGUUGUACCGAUGUUCUGGGAUUGAGAGCAUAUGGUCAGUUUUUAGGUCAUAGGUCAGACCGUGAAGAAAGAAAUAUCAGGACGCCGAGGAUGAAGAUACAAAAAAAAAAAAAAAAAGGAAAAAAAAAAAUUUGUUGUACCGAUGUUCUGGGAUUGAGAGCAUAUGGUCAGUUUUUAGGUCAAAGGUCAGACCGUGAAGAAAGAAAUAUCAGGACGCCGAGGAUGAAGAUACAAAAAAAAAAAAAAAAAGGAAUAAAAUUUCGUUCUUUCAGGUGUGACAAAGGUCGUGUGGUGCUUCGUCAAGGUCACGUGGGUUUCGACUUCUACUUCAUCUUCUCCGGCUCAGUGUUCAUCCAGAUCGACGUCUACGACGAGAAGAACGACACGACAUUCACCAACGUGGAGAAUGUCCUCAGGACGGGGGAGGGAUUUGGUGUAAGUCAAGUGGUCAUGGUCUUCUCUUCUUUCCAACCAGUCACGUGGUCAUGGUCUUGUCUUCUUUCCAAUCAGUCACGUGGGCAUGUUCUUGUCAUUAUUUCCAAUCAGUCACGUGGUCAUGAUCUUGUCUUCUUUCCCAUCUUGGGUCUAUUUUACAUUAUUUUCAUCAAAGGUAUUAGUAAAAAUCAAAUGAUCAUUUCCACUAUGCUUGUCUUGUUAAAGUAACAAAGUCUUACAUUAUAACAAAGACAGACACCACUGCCCUAUAACACUAGCAGACACAACUACCCUAUAAUUCUGGCAGACACCACUAAACUAUAAAACUGGCAGACACCACUAAACUAUAAAACUGGCAGACACCACUACCCUAUAACACUGGCAGACACCUCUACCCUAUUUCACUAGCAGACACAACUACCCUAUAACAUUUGCAGACACCCAUACCCUAUAAUUCUGGCAGACACCACUAAACUAUAAAACUGGCAGACACCACUACCCUAUAACACUGGCAGACACCUCUACCCUAUUUCACUGGAAGACACCCCUACCCUAUAACACUGCCAGACACCCCUACCCUAUAACACUGCCAGACACCCCUACCCUAUAACACUGCCAGACACCCCUACCCUAUAACACUGCCAGACACCCCUACCCUAUAACACUGCCAGACACCCCUACCCUAUAAUACUGGCAGACACCACUACCCUAUAAAUACUGGCAGACACCCCUACCCUAUAACUCAGGCAGACACCACUUACUUAUAACAUAGAGUCGCCCAUCUCAUCAUAGAGUCACCCAUCUCAUCAUAGUGUCACUCAUCUCAUCAUAAUGUCUCCCAUAUCAUCAUAGUGUCACCCAUCUUAUCAUAGAGUCGCUUACCUCGUCUUAGAGUCUUAAUUGAAAGGAACAAUUAAACUUCUUUGGCUGCUCCAAAUACAUUUGAAAAAUAUUCUAAAAUUGAUUGACCUUUCAUUGAAGUACCUCGCAAUAAUUUAACAUCCCAUCUUAUCUUCUGUUUUGACAUCCUAACAUCCAGACCAUCUUGUUAUCUCGCCUAGUGUCAAGUAUCACUUCAUAUUCCAAUCCCUGUAAUAUUUUUUGAACAAUAAUCUAUUUUUAGCCUUAUCUUUUAUCCAAUGAAAAGAUCCUAAAAUAGUCGUUCAUUAGUCAUGAGACAUGGCCGAUAAAGCAUCCCCCCCCCGGCCCCUUUUUAUUCUCUAUGUAAAAUUAUGUAUGGGGCAGCAAUAGAGCAGUUAUUGAACAUUUUAAAAUAGAUCGUUUGACUAUGUUAAAGUAGAUCUUGCGACUAUGUUAAAGUAGAUCUUGCGGCUAUGUUAAAGUAGAUCUUGUGAAUAACUUAAACAAGAUUUCGGGAAUGUGCAAAGGGAACUUUUUGGGAAUAGUUUAGAAUUUGGGAAUAGUUUAGAAUUUGGGAAUAGUUUAGAAUUUGGGAAUAGUUUCGAGUUUAGGAAUACUAUACAGUUUGGGUUUACAGGACGUGGUGAAGGCUCUUAUGUAAAUAUCUGUCCCAUAUUUACGUCCUACCUCUGUGAGAUUGCUUCACAUCAAUAAACGGAUGCCAUCUUCUGUUUACCUCACAAAAAAGGAAAUAGCUCUUCUCGGGGACGGUCGACGUACGGCCUCUGUUAUUUGUAAGGAACCGACUGAACUGUGUCAAAUAGACAAGAUGACCUUCCUUGACCUGUGUCCGGUCUUGUUCAAUCAACAGCUGCAGGAUAAGAUUGAUUUUGCCAGGUAAAGUUAGUUUAAGUUAUAAAUAAAGGAUCCCUGUAAUGGCAUGGGGCUCUUUGUGUUUUGGUCGGCUUAUGGGUAGUGAUUGGAGGUGUCCCCUAAAAUUUUUUCAUGGGCGUCAAUUUGAGGCAGCAAUUGGGGAAAUAGCAUCUUUCAAAAGGGGAUACACAUAUCUCCUCAAGUAUUUUGCUAAUCACCCUAAGUAAGCUACUGAAAUAAUGUUCAUUAUUUUCAUCCUCACAAAUAAACACGAUCGACUAAAUGCGCUUGUUGCGAUCUUGCUAACUUGAAUAACUUCAACAUUCUAGGAUCUUCCCCUCCUGUCACAUGGACAACUCCCGUAGCAGGCACGUUAACCGAGGGAAUCAGACUCACCGUUGUCUAGGGGGGGUUACAAACACAAUAUAAAUCACAAACUCCGGUGUUACGAUCUCGAAAUUACCACAGCUCAAUAGCUUCGUUGUCUGAGGGGUAAUUCAGUUACUUGACAAACCAUUGAUUCAAGUCUAACCAUUGAUUCAUGUCAAAUGUCUCUUUAUUAAACAAACAACUCCGAAAUUCUAACACUCCAUUAUAUAUUUACUUCGCUGCGAUCCAAACCCAAAGACACACUCACAACGUCAUUUCACAUACCCAAGUGCGUCACGAAUUCUUUCAAAUUUGCAGACAGUUCCCGCUGUUUGAGUUUUGGGACCAGGAGAUGUUGAGGAGAUUGUGUUUCUUGUCUCAAGUGCUGGAUGUGCCACACUCCACUGUGGUCGAGGUCAACUGGGCCACAACAAACUACGCCUACUUCGUAAUGAAUGUAAGUAGUAUAUCUUUAUUUGGCUGUUUAGAGAGCUCAGUAGAUGCAAUCUUAGUCUUAGGAGUUAUUUUGCCUUGCUAUUAUUUUGAAAUAUCUCAUACAAUUUUGAAAGCAAACGGCUAUAAAGAGAAACUUCGGCUAAAUUGUUAGCUUUAAAUCACAGGACAAAUCACACAGGACAAAUCACACAGGACAAAUCACACAGGACAAAUCACAUAGGACAAAUCACACAGGACAAAUCACACAGGACAAAUCACACAGGACAAAUCACACAGGACAAAUCACACAGGCCGAAUCACACAGGCCGAAUCACACAGGCCGAAUCACACAGGCCGAAUCACACAGGACAAAUGACACAGGCUGAAUGACACAGGACAAAUCACACAGGCCGAAUCACAUAGGACAAAUGACACAGGCUGAAUGAUACAGGCCGAAUCACAGAGGAAAAAUCCCACAGGCCGAAUCUCACAGGCCGAAUCAUACAGGACAAAUCACACAGGACAAAUCACACAGGACAAAUCUCACAGGACAAAUCACACAGGACAAAUCACACAGGACAAAUCACACAGGACAAAUCACACAGGACAAAUCACACAGGACAAAUGACACAUGCCGAAUCAUACAGGACAAAUCACACAGGACAAAUCACACAGGACAAAUCACACAGGACAAAUCACACAGGACAAAUCACACAGGACAAAUCACACAGGCCGAAUCACAGAGGACAAAUAACACAGGCCGAAUCACACAGGCCGAAUCACACAGGACAAAUGACACAGGCUGAAUGAUACAGGCCGAAUCACAGAGGAAAAAUCCCACAGGCCGAAUCACAUAGGACAAAUGACACAGGCUGAAUGACACAGGCCGAAUCACAGAGGAAAAAUCCCACAGGCCGAAUCACAUAGGACAAAUGACACAGGCCGAAUCACAGAGGAAAAAUCCCACAGGCCGAAUCACAUAGGACAAAUGACACAGGCUGAAUGACACAGGCCGAAUCACAGAGGAAAAAUCCCACAGGCCGAAUCACAUAAGACAAAUAACACAGGCCGAAUCACACAGGACAAAUGACACAGGUCGAAUCACACAGGACAAAUGACACAGGUCGAAUCACACAGGACAAAUCAAACAGGCCGAAUCACAUAGGACAAAUCACACAGGUCGAAUCACACAGGACAAAUCACUUGGGCCAAAGAUUUUUUUUUUCCAAAAUCAUCUUUUAUUCUUUUAAUCAAUUUUAACAAAAAUUAUUUUAAAAGUCAUUAAAAGAUAAUAACAGUAUUUCAGCAUUCAGUCUUCAAGUAAAUAAUAAAUUAUGCAUAAAAAACAAAUUACUGAGAAUCAAUAGCAUGUUUGUAAUUAUGUUUUUCACAUUGGUAUAAAACUUCGACAGUCUCGCAUUCGAGACAAAUUGUCAAAUUUUUCAGACGUUACUUAAUGAAAGAUAACAUAAACUAAGACAGUGGUCAAAUACCCGCGGUUCAAGAGCCACUAAGACAGUGGUCAAAUACCCGGGGUUCAAGAGCCACUAAGACAGUGGUCAAAUACCCGCGGUUCAAGAGCCACUAAGACAGUGGUCAAAUACCCGCGGUUCAAGAGCCACUAAGACAGUGGUCAAAUACCCGGGGUUCAAGAGCCACUAACACAGUGGUCAAAUACCCGCGGUUCAAGAGCCACUAAGACAGUGGUCAAAUACCCGCGGUUCAAGAGCCACUAAGACAGUGGUCAAAUACCCGCGGUAAUAUAUUUUCCAAGCACAUGUAAUUUAUAAAAAUGUCUCCUUAUUCAAAACAGUUUUGCCGAUACCUGAGUUAGGGCAACUGAAUGCGCGCGCAAUAUAUAAGGCGUGAUGCAGGUGUGUUUCAAUUGGGCACUAGCUUAGGACACGUGGUGAAUGGGAACUUUUUCUAUAUCGUGAGGGGGCGAGAUUUUAGGCCAAUUGCACUGCAUUUUUUUAAUGUUUGUGUGUGUGUGGGGGAGGGGGGAUAUUUUGGCCCGCCUUGGGCUACACUAACCCUAGUUACGCCACUUAUGUGAAGACGAGAUUGUGUUUGUGUGGUCUGUGCUACAGGGGAGGCUAUCCAUGCUCAAAGAGUUUGACGUUACGGAGAUUGUGGAGAAGUCCUCGCAGACGAGAGGCAACACCCACGUGUCAUCCAAGAAGGUCGUGGAAGGUCAGAGGAAAAAAUCCAAGUACACAAAAUUCGCUCACGUCGGGAUGCUGCAGAAAGGUCAAUGUUCGGUGAGUGAAGGUAGGAGGUGACUGAAGGUAGGAGGUGACUGAAGGUAGGAGGUGACUGAAGGUAGGAGGUGACUGAAGGUAGGAGGUGAGUGGAGGUAGGAGGUGACUGGAGGUUAGGAGGUGACUGGAGGUAGGAGGUGACUGGAGGUAGGAGGUGACUGAAGGUAGGAGGUGAGUGAAGGUAGUAGGUGACUGGAGGUAGGUGGUGACUGAAGGUAGGAGGUGACUGAAGGUAGGAGGUAACUGAAGGUAGGAGGUGAGUGGAGGUAGGAGGUGACUGGAGGUUAGGAGGUGACUGGAGGUAGGAGGUGACUGAAGGUAGGAGGUGACUGAAGGUAGGAGGUGAGUGAAGGUAGUAGGUGACUGGAGGUAGGAGGUGACUGGAGGUAGGAGGUGCGGCAUCCAUGCACUGGCAUCUGUGCAACGCUUGGAGGUAUGAUGUUGCUAUUCUAACAGCUCCUAGCAGAUGCCAGGAGGUGACUGAAGGUGAAGGUAGGAGGGGACAGAAGGUAUAUAGGAGGUGACUGAAAGUAAAGGUAGUAGAUGACAGUGUUUCUGAAGGAAGGGGGUGACUGAAGGUAGGAGGUGACAGUAUUUUUAGUAUAUGCUUAAUGAUUUAGUAUAUGAUUUAGCCAUCAUUUUGUUAGUUUUUAGCCCCUGGGAAUAUCAGCUACCCAUCUAAAUUGUUGUAUGCCUUGCUCACCUGUACAUAUUUUGACGCGCAUUUUAUAUAUUAGAUUUGUAGCUUUUGUUCUUACAAUGUAUGGCGAACUCCAUAUUAAUUUGAAAAAAAAAAUUAAAUUAAAGUCUCUUCCUUGCGUUAUUUCUAUUGGAAAUAAUAUAAGGACUCUCUACUGUGAAUAAACUGUUUAAAAAACCCAUGGUCAUUGGAAGUGAAAUAAAAUUCGAAUAACUACAUCUUCAUUGUAUGUAAAGUGGUUUUAUCAGUGCAUUGUAAGCUGUGACCCAGUGGCCCAGUAACCCCAACUGUAGACGCUGAUUGCACUACAUUAACCUAACGGCUUACUCAAGGUUACCAGUUAAAUACUAGCGUCCAAUUUCUGAGGCUGUAAAUUACACCCAAACUACGCUCCUUUAUAUAUUCACACACAUACCUCUGACUAGUCGUCCCGUCUCUAACUUAGGGUGACCAAAUCAUGAACUGAAAUAUGCUCAUUUGAACUUUUUUGUCACCUAGAGAUCUUUUUAAAAUUAUCUUCACUUUUGUAAUUUAAUUAAUACUCCGAGGCAUAUCAUUAAGGAAAACAAUAUUUCUGCAGUGAAUACUUAUUUAUUUAUACAUGUUUGACGACAUUAUACAAAACAACAAAUUACAUUUCUCUAGUCUAGGAUUUAAAUUGAUAAUAUUUGGCAGUUGUUUAAGCCAUUGUUAAAACCUCCUUCUUAAUGUGAAGUUUUCAAAACUAGAACAGUCCAUUUGGAAAUUACAGAGAACCUGCAGGAUUGCAGAAAGGGCCUUCACUCUCAUCUUGUUUCGUUCGUCCGUCCAUUGACUGUUCAUGAGCGAAAAGGUUCUUUCAGUAUUACCAUUAUGGGCAGGGAUCGCCAACACAUAUUGGCGCACAGCUAGCCAAAAUAAUAAUUGAAGUUAUAUUAAAAAUUAGGAAGUUGUCGUGCUUUGAAAAUGUGUUUGGUCUUAGAAACGGGACAUUUAGGCUUCCCGAGAGACUUUUUCGGUUCACCGGGUACGAUCACGAAAAAAUGGGACAUUGUCAUUUUUUACGGGACGUUUGGUCACCCUACUCUAACUGCAAGACACUAUUCUUAACGCCAUUCUUAACACAUCCCAUAAGUUUAUCACUUAGCGUGCAAGGCCAUCCAACGACUCUUCUACUUUCAAUGGUAUCAAAUAACCUACACCUUUACAUACCACUAAGUUCUCACCAACUUCCCACCAAUAUCCAACCAAUAGACCACCAUAAUAUGUCCCACCUACAUCCCACCAACUUUCAAACAACGUCUAACCAACACCCCACCAACACCUCACGUACGUCCCAACAACACCCCACCAACUUUCAAAUAACGCCCCCCCUCCACAUUCCACCUACAGCUCACGAAAAUAACACCAAUCCCCCACCAACGUACCACCAACGCCCCCACCAACAUCCCACCAACGUAAAAAAACGUACCACCAACAUCCCACCAAUGCACCACCAACGUACCACCAACGUACCACCAACGCACCACUAUUGCCCCAUAAAGCUAUCUUCGUCCGGUCCACUCCUGCUCCUUAAAUAGAAUUAUUCCUGGUGACAUCGUCGCUUAUAGAUAGAUUUGGUAAAAUGUCACGUGAUGACACCCAUCAUUCCCUGAAGGUUGCUGUCACGUGAUGACACCCAUCAUGCCCUGGAUGUUGCCUGUCACGUGAUCACACCCAUCAUGCCCUGAAGGUAGCCUGUCACGUGAUAACACCCAUCAUUCCCCAGGAGCUGGCCGUGCUAUCCAUUGAACCUCCCAAAAACCUGACACGGAUAACGCUGGUCAGUGAAGGGGUCAAGUUAUUCAGAGUUGCUGUCCGCACGUUUCUGAGGAUAUCACCAAGAAAGAAUGUUGAGGAGUACCUGAAGAAAGUGUACAAGUCCCCAACGUAAGUAGAUGACAGUGUUAAAACUGGGGGGGUGGGGGUGUCGGAGGUGGGGUGGGGAGAAUUGAGAUAGAAAAAAGGGGCAGGGGUUUUAAGCAUGUGACUGAAGCAACUGGUUCUUCCAAACAUGAUUGAUGCACUUUAACACAUGACGCAAUCACAAACACACGACCCAAUCACAAACACACGACUUAAUCAUAAACACACGACCUAAUCACAAACACACGACCUACUCACAAACGCACGACCCAAUCAAAAACGCAAGAACCAAUCACAAACACAUUAACCAAUCACUUACACAUGACCCAAUCACAAACAUAACAUGUGACCCAAUCACAAACAAUUGACCCAAUCACAAACGCACGACCCAAUCACAAACACAUGACCAAAUCACAAACACAAGAUCCAAUUACAAACACAUAACCCAAUCACAAACACAUGACCCUAUCACAAACACAAGACCCAAUCACAAACACACGACCCAAUCACAAACACAAGACCCAAUCACAAACACACGACCCAAUCACAAACACAAGACCCAAUCACAAACACAAGACCCAAUCACAAACACACGACCCAAUCACAAACGCACUACCCAAUCACCAGUAAAGAUCAACACCACUUGUUUACUCAUUGACCUUCUCAUAAUGUCCCGAGGAUAAAAAAGCCACCAAGUGUUCAUGCGUUGCGUUGUCAUAAAUGAUUAGAACCAAUGAUAAGCCUGUAUCGUCCUUUGUGUUGUAUUGGCAAAAUUUGACAACUGCUGCAACAAAUGAUAUAAAUCCUUUUAACUCCAAAUGUACACGUUGUUUAUCUGUUGUUGUAUGUUGUUAUCUGUUGUUGUAUGUUGUCUUUUUAUAAAAUGAAAGUUACAUAUCGUGAUUUAAUACACAAAAUAGACAGUUAAAGAGCCGUCCUUGACCCUGUGGCUCCCACCAAAUACACACAAUAGACAGUUAAAGAGCCGUCCUUGACCCUGUGGCUCCCACCAAAUACACACAAUAGACAGUUAAAGAGCCGUCCUUGACCCUGUUGCUCCCACCAUAUCAAAUUGAUCUACUGUGUUCCCAUUCAUCGCCUGACUAAGGUUCCCACUGGACGAGGAACUGCGUUCCAUGUACGUCAAAGACAGAAGCUGGGCGGAGUUCAAAAGGAACAUCAUCAACACACAUCAGCUUGAGAGGAAUGGUGACGUCAUCGCCUCCAUCCCGGCCACACUGAAAGGGUCAACAGGCUGGGCCAAGUGGCCGGGGUACGCCGUCAUACCAAGGUUAAAUAAGGUGAGGACCGGUGUACGCCGUUAUACUAAGGUUAAAUAAGGUGAGGACCAGUUUACACCGUCAUACCAAGGUUAAAUAAGGUGAGGACCAGUGUACGCCGUCAUACCAAAGUUUAAUAAGGUGAGGACCAGAGUACGCCGUCAUACCAAAGUUUAAUAAGGUGAGGACCAGUGUACGCCAUCAUACCAACGCUUAAUAAGGUGAGGACCAGUGUACGCCGUCAUACCAACGUUUAAUAAGGUGAGGACCAGUGUACGCCGUCAUACGAAAUGACAUUUAGUUAAGUGUCCAGCUUACAACGUCAUAUCAUCUCCUAAAGAUACCUACGACUAUAAUAUUCCAAAUAAAGUCUCAGAAUUCUGACCCACUUCCACUUUAAAAGUGUCUGCUGUCAAUUAUAACAGGUUCAGGAUGGGAUAAAGGAUCAGGAUGGGAUAAAGGAUCAGGAUGGGAUAAAGGAUCAGGAUGGGAUAAAGGAUCAGGAUGGGAUAAAGGAUCAGGAUGGGAUUAAGGAUUAGUGUGGGAUAAAGAUCAGGAUGGGAUAAAGGACCAGGGUGGGAUAAAGGAUCAGGGUGGGAUAAAGGACCAGGAUGGGAUAAAGGAUCAGGAUGGGAUAAAGGAUCAGGAUGGGAUAAAGGACCAGGAUGAGAUAAAGAAUCAGGAUGGGAUAAAGGAUCAGGAUGGGAUAAAGGAUCAGGAUGGGAUAAAGGAUCAGGAUGGGAUAAAGGAUCAGGAUGAGAUAAAGAAUCAGGAUGGGAUAAAGGAUCAGGAUGGGAUAAAGGAUCAGGAUGGGAUAAAGGAUCAGGAUGGUAUAUUUUAGAUUUAGAAUAAAUCAAUCUGUUUGAGACUUUGGACCUAGGGAAUAUUUAAAAAAACAAAAAAAAACAACAAAACAACAAGAAGGAGCAAAACAAACAAUGUGAUAAAAAAUAGUAUCGUCCCCCCCCCCCCACACUUUUUAUUCCUACAUGGUAAAUGUUUGGGGUAUUCUGAACUAUAAAUAAACAUAUGUGUUUGAGUAACUUCAAUGAAAAUGUUAUCUUUUAGCGACCGUUGGACUUUCAACACAUUUCCACUUUGCAUUCUGUAGCCACAACCAAAAGUGGAGUCGAGCUCUGAAGUCGGCUAUGACGAAAGCUACGAGGGCGACUCUGAAUGUGAACCUGAUGAUAACGACGACGAUAAGGCGGAGGUUGACGCUAAACCCCUGAAGGUUGUUGGAGCAGAUUUUCUUGGGCCAGUGGAGCCGGACGUGAAGGAACUUUCGUUGACCAAUGACCGGACACUCACAAUGCCCCCGCCCCACACAGAAACGAUGACAACGUGGAGGAAAAAUCUGGCAAAUUCAGACGGUCUUACAGUGUGCAAUUAUGUUUUUGGUUCAUAGUUCAGGUCAACCAUCCCCACUGUGGUAGACACGCCGCUGGAAGGAACAUAAGUACACAAAGAAUGUUUAUAAAAAAUAACUUAUUUUAAAAAAAUAAUUCAUUCUUAAGUAGGGAACAGUCAUGGUUCCGUGUUAUUAUCAUAGGAUUAUCAUGUGUUGUUUUACAUUGGCAGAUGGCUUCUUUAAUUGCAUGGAAAGACUUAAAUUUGGCACGAGCAUUUCAUUGUCUACAUUUGAGAUGUAACAAAUAGUACAUCAAAAUUACAAUUCACAAAUUCGCCGUCUCAGAUAUGAUGUGACUAAUUCAUAAAUAUGAUGUCACUAAUUCACAAAUAUGAUGUUACUAAUUCACAAGUAUGAUGUCACUAAUUCACAAAUAUGAUGUCACUAAUUCACAAGUAUGAUGUCACAAAUUCACAAAUAUGAUGUCACUAAAUCACAAAUAUGAUGUCAAUAAUUCACAAAUAUGAUGU